AUUUUUUGACCUAAUUUUAUCCUCAAACAUGAUGAUCUCCGCUUUUUCAAAAAAGAAAAUGAGAACCUCCUCUACGUCGCAGAUGAAAGACGAAGAGGCAAGAAACUGGGCGGAUCUUCCGUCGGAGUUGACGUAUUUGAUCCUGAUCCGUCUUAGCGGGAUUGAUAUACUGGACAACGCUCAGAAGGUGUGCAGGCAGUGGCUACGCGUAUGUAAAGACCCUUCGAUGUGGCGGAAAAUCGACAUGAGAAGCCGGAUCAGAAACGAGAGAAUGCUCGACCGCUUAGCUAGCAUGUGCCGUCACGCCGUUGAUCGCAGCCAGGGUGGUUUGGUCGAAAUCCACCUUGGGAACUUCGUCAACAAUGAUCUCCUCGACUACAUCGCAGAUAGAUCAAGGAAUCUGAGAAGUCUUGGACUUGGAAUGUGCUUUCCAAGGGCGACGAACCCAGGACUUGUGGACACAAUCGCAAAACUUCCAUUGCUUGAAACCCUCGAGGUCUCACACUCAUGUUUAAUUCUGGAUUUCAAAGCUAUAGGUCAGGCUUGCCCACAGCUAAAGACAUUCAAGUUAAACUCCUCAGGGCAUUUCUGGAACUCUCGCAACUUUCGCAACUCUCGCAAUGAUGAUUAUUAUGCCCUAGAAAUCGCUGAAAGCAUGCCAGAACUACGCCACCUCUACCUUUAUGGGAACAAACUAAGUGACAUAGGCUUGAACGCCAUUCUUAACGGUUGUCCUCACCUGGAACACCUCGAGUUACAUAAGUGUUUCAAGCUUAAACUUGUCGGAGAUCUGGAGAAGCGAUCCGUUUUCAUUUGUUUCUCCUUGGCCACCGUCUUCUUGUCUUUACCUCCGGCGAUGGAGGACGGAGAUUAUAGAAACUGGGCUGAGCUUCCAGCAGAACUGACGUCAUCGGUUCUUCUCCGGCUUGGCGUGGUUGAGAUACUCGAAAAUGCUCAGAAAGUGUGCAGAUCGUGGCGUCGCGUCUGUAAAGACCCUUCGAUGUGGCGGAAGAUUGUCAUAGACAACAGCGGAAAUAGGGAUAUCUUCAAGUACGACCUCGAGUCCAUGUGCCGUCACGCCGUUGAUCGUAGCCAGGGCGGUUUGCUUGAGAUCGAUAUUGAGUACUUUGGUACUGAUAAACUCCUCGAUUACAUCGCCGAUAGUUCAAGUAAUCUGAGAAGCCUUAGACUUGUAAGAUGCCAUCAAAUAACAGAUAAGGGAGUUGCCGAAGCAGUUGUAAAACUUCCAUUGCUUGAAGACCUCGAGGUUUCAUACUGCUCAUUUUCAGGAGAGUGUCUGAGUGUUGUAGGCCAGUCUUGUCCACAUCUGAAGACAUUGAAGCUAAACCGCCGACCUCGCGUCGAGUUUGUAAUAAAUAUGCGUGAUCAUAAUGCCAUAGCAAUUGCAGAAAGCAUGCCUGAGUUACGCCACCUUCAGCUUUUAGGGAACGCACUAACUAACACUGGCUUGAAAGCCAUUCUUGACAGUUGUACUCACCUGGACCAUCUUGAUUUACGCCAGUGUUACAAUAUUAACCUUGUCGAAGAUUUCAUGAACCAAUGUGUUGAAAGGAUCAAAUAUUUGAGAUGCCCCAAUGACUCAAUCGCUGCUUGCUCAACCGAAACCAGCUUUCUUGAUAUCGAUUCAGAUGAUGGCUUUCCCUAUAUGUAUCAGGGACUAUCGUUGGGAGUAGAUAUUGAUUUUUUUCUUAACAAUGCAGAGACAGGUUGUCUUUGCCGUGCUUGUCAAGUUCAGUGGCAAGUGGUUGUGACUUAUGAACUCGUCCAAACUGCUUCCUCCUCUUGGUCAUCGACGUCUACUUCCGUUUCUUCGCUGGUGAAAGAUGAAGAGGUGAGAAAUUGGGCAGAACUUCCACCGGAACUGACAUCGUCGAUCCUUGGCCGGCUUGGCACGAUUGAUAUACUGGAAAAUGCUCAAAAAGUGUGCAGAUCGUGGCGUCGCGUUUGUAAAGACCCCUCGAUGUGGCGGAAGAUUGACAUGGACAACCUCGGAGACUUGGGAGCCAUGGAGUACGAUCUUGAGAUCAUGUGUCGUCAUGCAGUGGAUCGUAGCCAGGGCGGCUUGGUUGAGAUUGACAUUUGGUACUUUGGUACUGAUGAGCUCCUCAAUUACAUUGCCGACAGGUCGAGUAAUCUGAGAACCCUUAGACUUAUAAUGUGCUAUCCAAUAGCAGACGAGGGAUUUAUCGAAGCAGUUGUGAAGCUUCCAUUGAUUGAAUACCUCGAGCUUUCACACUGCUCCUUGUCAGGAGAGUCUCUGAAAGUUGUAGGUCAGUCUUGUCCAAAUCUGAAGACAUUGAAGCUAAACUCUGAGCCUGACCCCAAAUUUAAUGAUGAUGAGUUUAAUAAUGAAGAAGCUCUAGCAAUCGCAGAAAGCAUGCCAGAACUACGCCACCUCCAGCUGUUUGGGAACAUACUAACCAAUGUGGGUUUGAACGCCAUUCUUGACGGUUGUCCUCACCUGGAACACCUUGAUCUACGCAAGUGUUCCAACGUUGACUUUACCGGGGAUCUAGAGAAGCGAUGUAUUGAGAGGAUCAAAGAUUUGAAACGCCCCAACGACUCAACCGCUGGUCACCCAUAUGAGAACAUGUUUCUUUUGUUGGUCAUGUCUCCUCUUUUCUCUAUGAUGCCUGCUUCAAAAAUGUCUUCCUCCUCCUCCUCCUCCUCCUCCUCCUCCUCCUUUUCUUGUACGUCGUUGUCUACUUUCGUGCCUCCGCUGAUGAAAGACGAAGAGCCAAGAAACUGGGCGGAUCUUCCGUCGGAGUUGACGUCUUCGAUCCUGAUCCGUCUUAGCGUGACUGAUAUUCUGGACAACGCUCAGAAGGUGUGCAGACCGUGGCGACGCGUCUGUAAAGACCCUUCGAUGUGGCGGAAAAUCGACAUGAGUAGCCUGAUGAAAAACUAUGGAAUUCUCGACUGCUUAGCUAGCAUGUGCCGUCACGCCGUUGAUCGCAGCCAGGGUGGUUUGGUCGAAAUCCACCUUGGGAACUUCGUCAACAAUGAUCUCCUCGACUACAUCGCAGAUAGAUCAAGUAAUCUGAAAAGUCUUGGAUUUCCAGUCUAUUACCCAAGGACGACGAACAAAGGACUUGUGAACGCAAUCGCAAAACUUUCAUUGCUUGAAACCCUCGAGUUUUUCCAAUCAUCGUUUGAACUGGAUUUGAAAGCUAUAGGCAACGCUUGCCCACAGCUAAAGACAUUGAAGCUAAACUCCUCAGGGUCAAGUUAUGAUGAUGUUUAUGCCCUAGCAAUCGCUGAAAGCAUGCCCAAACUACGCCACCUCCAGCUUCUUGGGGACAGACUAACCAACAUAGGCUUGAACGCCAUUCUUGACAGUUGUCCUCACCUGGAACACCUUGAUUUACGCAAAUGUUUUAACAUUGCCCUUGUCCGGAAUCUUGAGAAGAAAUGUUUGGAGAGGAUCAAAGAGUUGAGACGCCCGGACGACUCAACCGCUGAUUACCCAUAUGCUAUCACUUUUGUCGAUUCUGAUUCAGAUGAUGACUACUACCACUAUUCAGAUAAUGACUACUACCACUAUUCAGAUAAUGACUACUACUACUAUUCAGAUAGAUAUUGAAUCUCUCUGAACGAUACAGAGAACAUGUUGCUUUUGUUGGUCUUGUCAACUUAUGAACUCCUUCCUCUCUUUUCUCUAUGUAGUUUCAGUGUCCUUUUGAACUUUAAAAAAUGCAUUGAGUGCGU